AUGACACUGCACCAGCCUCCCAGUCUGCUCCAGCCCAGGUCAACCUACCAGGUCAGCCAACCAGCCUCCCAGUCUGCUCCAGCACAGCCUGCUCCAGCCCAGGUCAACCUACCAGCCUCCCAGUCUGCUCCAGCCCAGGUCAACCUACCAGCCUCCCAGUCUGCUCCAGCCCAGGUCAACCUACCAGCCUCCCAGUCCGCUCCAGCCCAGGUCAACCUACCAGCCUCCCAGUCUGCUCCAGCCCAGGUCAACCUACCAGCCUCCCAGUCUGCUCCACCCAGACAACCUCCCACAACUGCAAUCCUUAUUGAUUCAAAUGGGAAGCUCUUGGUACGGGAGAGAUUAUUUCCUAGACACCAGGUGUAUAAAUUCUGGUGUCCUACAACUGAGAGUGCAAUGCAGCUACUCAGUCAGACCAGGAUUGACACCCCUGACAACAUCAUCAUCCACACUGGCACAAACUACCUUUAUGCCAAAUGUGAAAAUGUAUCUGGGGCAGUGAGAAGAGUGGCAGAACGGGCACAGGCUAUGUUCCCAACAACCAAUGUAGUUGUGUCUUUACCAAGAAAAUACUUCCCAGGACAGUUGAUUGACAAAAUAAAUCAACAGAUCACUGUGGACUGUGCCUCACUGCUCAACGUCAGAACGGCUCACCAUCCCACUCUGACAUGUGAACUCUUAUACGACAAUGUACACCUUGAUCAGGUCAGUGUCAGAACCUUUGCCAAGGACCUAAAGGAUGCAACACUUGGCAGGGACCCACACACCCAUCACCCCAGCAGCAGCGGCCCCCCGCUCCACCUUCUGAAACAACAGUACCCCCACCAUCCCCAGGAGAGAAGAGCAAGACACAGCUUACUCCAGCACAGCUCUACAAGACCGGGCCCACCACAGAACAGAUUUACCAGACCAGACCCGGCCCAUCCCAACACAGCUCUACUAUACCCGGCCCAUCACAACACAGCUCUACUAGACCCGGCCCAUCACAACACAGCUCUACUAGACCCGGCCCAUCACAACACAGCUCUACUAGACCCGGCCCAUCACAACACAGCUCUACUAGACCCGGCCCAUCACAACACAGCUCUACUAGACCCGGCCCAUCACAACACAGCUCUACUAGACCCGGCCCAUCACAACACAGCUCUACUAGACCCGGCCUGA